AAUUAUAUUAUUUUUCUUCCCUUCUAGUUCUCGGCUUUAUAAUACAACAAAGAGCUGUUAGAGCUCUCCGUCCACUACAACAAUCAAUCGCGCCCUGCAAAAUAUCUGCUGCGCCAGUUGCACAUUUUUACGACAGCCUUCGGAAAAACUGAAUAAGGAUAGAACCACUUAUUCGUGCUCCGAUACCCAACUUUUUAGAGGAAUGUUUGUUUUACAAGGAUUCACUCAGCUUACAAUUAGAACAAAGCUGAUUUAUAAAAUCGGGUUCCUGCAGAUUCCUGCUAUAAAUUCGUCCCGUAUGGUUACAGCUGGAUUGAUCAGCUGUGUUUGCGUUUUAAACAACUUACGGGCAUAUAUGCCUGCCCUACGGGCUACGGCCGUUACUAUCGUUGGCAGUUGUUUGAAUUUUGGUGGCUUUUCUGAUUGUAAAUUUCUAUUAUGAUGAGCUUUAUCCUUAUCCAGUUUUCUGAUACAGCUUAUCCAGUUUUCUGUACGUACCUACAUUGCUGUGCAUUAUCAGUUUUUUUUUCAUAAUUCAGCUCGUCUUUGAAACAGUGGAGUUGGAGUUGGUGCGUAUUGCGCAGAAGUUUUUAUGGUGAUUAUUUGGCUAUGGCAGUGACAUGGAGCACCAGCACAGAGGAUCUGGUGUGCGAACACCGCGAUGCCAAAGCGACAACAGCAGCCUUGGAUUGCACGGGACGUUUUGCUGUUCUGGCUGGUCGGUUAGGAAUCUCCCUGAUCGAUCUCAAUCAACCUCAGGCAGCUCUUUUCAAGGUUCCUCGAACGAGUAAAUGGGAAGUUAGCGUCGUGGGCUGGAACCAGCAUCCUCAUCAUCGCCACAUGCUAGCCGUGGCAUCCAACCAGAAAGUGGAUGUUUGGAAUUUUGACUAUCAGAAUGUGAAUCUACAACUACCAAAAACUGCUGUGCCCAUCAAAGGACAUGCGCGAUCUAUCUUGGAUUUGGACUGGAAUUUUGCGGAGCCGACAGUGUUAGUGACAUGUUCAGUGGACAGCUAUGUCAACAUUUGGGAUGUUAAGGAUGUCCGAAAACCUGUCGCCAGUCUGCCAUCUGUGUCCGGCGCAUCCCAAGCAAAGUGGUGUAAAGUCGGUAAGAAUUUCCUGGCGACGGCGCACGAAGCGGAUUGUAAAAUCUGGGAUUUCCGCAAGGCGAAUACACCAAUCGAAUACAUUACGGCUCAUUCGGCCAAAAUAAAUGGAAUUGAUUGGAGUCCGUCAAAUGGAAAUCAUUUGGUCACUUGUGGUCAGGAUAGCCACAUCAAAGUGUGGGACAUUUCAGCACCAAAGAAACCGGAAACCAUUAUCCCACUGCCUUCUCCUGUGUGGAGGGCCCGUUUUACUCCGUUUGGUGAAGCCCUUGUUAGUGUCGGCAUCCCGCAACUGCACCGUGGCGAGCAUAAUCUGACGCUGUGGGCGCUUAGCGAUAUCUCCACCCCAGUGCACAUCUAUUCGGGGCAUACGGAAGGGAUCUACGAUUUCUUCUGGCGGUCUCCGCGUUCAGGGGAAUUCCAGCUGAUUAGCUGGUCGAAAGAUCAGACGUUACGCCUAUGGAAGAGUGAUACGUCCAUAAUAAAGCAAUGUGGUUCGGCGUUCCUUAACCAUACAAUUGUCUUGGAUCAUCACCAUGUCGAUAUGAAUGUAGUGGGAGGCAAAGAGAAUAAUUACUCCGCCGGUUCACAGUCGCUGCUGAGUUUGACCGGUUCCAUGUCGCCUCCGGCUUUCCCGAAUUUUCCUUUGGAAAGGGAACUGCGGUCUAUUGAUAUGCCCAACGUGGUGUUGGAUGAGCAGGACGCCAAAAUGCGAACGUGCACUGUUUCUGUCACAUGUGGUCCGCAUGUUGUGAAGAUCUCAUUAUUGUUUCCUUCGGGAUAUCCAGACACUAGUUGCCCGAUCUUUAACCUUGGUACUGAAACCACGUUGAACCCGAUUGCACAGAAACAAGUGACCCAAGUUUUAACUGAUAUAUUUAACCGCUGUCUGAAAAACCAAGCGAUGUCAUUGGCGUUGGGCAUCCGUGCUGUGCUCCAGUUUCUGGGCACUCUGUCGUCGGAUGCCAGUCCUUCGCCGCGAUUAGAUGGCCACCCGGCGUUCAUUUCCCCACCUGCACGCCAGCAGCCAGCGAAUUUCAAGAUGGGACAACCGAUUACUCGCCUAAUCAGCCAACGCAGUGAUACAUAUUCCCCGGUCAUCAAUGCGGCGGCCGCCAAACUCUUCCCAGCCGGUAGUGCCCCCAUCCAGUACUCUUCUGCCGUGCCAGUGCCGUUUCCGCGGAUAUGUGGUGCCCAUUUUGCUGGAGAUAAAUUGGUACGCUGGAGUGACGCUUGGAAACUGGGCCAUUCCACGAGCUCGAAAAGCUUUACGGAACGCACCGGUUCCAUGAUUUAUCCGUCGGAUUUAUCCAACACGGUGCGGCAGGUGCUGAAACCGUUGCGGAAAAAGGGCAAGGCAGACAAACGGCCGAUUGUCGUGUUUAACGUGCAAGGGCUUCUUCCCGUCCAUCCUGCCUUGGUUGCUCAUUAUCGCAACGAUAGCACAAGUCCUGUGAUGAGUUUACUGCACAACGCUGAGUUAGCGGAUUCUGUGGACCGUAAAGAUUUGGCACAUAUCUGGAGACUGCUAGCGGUCAUAUCUAAGCCCAACGUUGCACCGGCGUCUGAUUUCGAUUCUUGCCCAUGGUCACUGCAUCCUUUUGGUCGGCCAAUGCUGGACGAUAUAAUAAAGCACUACAGAGAAGGCUAUGAUUCCGCCUUCCUAGCAACAUUGGCAUGCAUUUUUUGCCGAUUUUCUUGCUCACAGCGACCUUCGCAGUCAGGUGCAGGGGGAAACCGUGCUUCCAAAUCGGCAUCGGUGGUUCACUUGAGUCCGCCCUCCGUGCAGAAUACACUACGCAGCGACGACACCUGCGAUGGCUGGACACAUGUGGUUUCCACGUCUUUCAAGGAUAAACGCUCCAGCAGUUGGUCCAUCUCGACGGGCGGUGAUCGGAAUGGGCUGGCGGAAGAACAGUUACGGGAUAGCGCAGAUGAUAAGGGUCUUAUCAGUCCGAGUCGGCGGAUGGAGUUUGAUCUGUACAAACGCGAGUACUGUGAUUUACUACACAGUUUCCGAUUGCUUAAUAAACGGGCGGAAAUAUUGAAGUGCCUGGGACAGCUGCCUGAUCCGCAUCGUGGGAUAGAAUUUUAUAGCCUGUGUCAUAAAUGUGACCGGGAAGUGCGAGGAUCGCAGUGCUUCAAUUGCAAGAAAACAGCUGUUUCAUGCUCCAUAUGCCACGGUCCGGUAAAGGGACUGUCGACAUUCUGUAUACUUUGCGGACACGGCGGACAUCUUGUUCACAUGGAGGAGUGGUUUCAGUACAACGGAAUUUGUCCCAGUGGUUGUGGAUGCUCUUGUUUGGAGGUUAUGCAGAUGGCUCAGUCGUGAACAAGAUCGUGGUCGUAUUUCGAUCAAAGUCUCUCAAGAAGCGUAUUAUUCAAAAUAAAUUUAAUAAUGUUGUCAAAGAUUCUGUGGGCCUUUUAUAUAGAACUGUGAUUACUGGGUAAAAGUUUGAUUGUGUUAUUGGACUGCAGUGGGUUUUUAGAUUGUACAUAUAGUUCAUUGUUUGUUGUUGUCCAGGGUUGCACAUUGGAAUUUUGCUCAAAAUUUUUUAUACUUAUUUUAAUGGCAAGAUGUGCACAGAAUAGAUUAAAGCGCAAAUCUUCUUUA